AUGAAUCAAAUAGAGUAUUGUGUGAUCAAUGCUUAAGAGAUUAGCCUCAAAUAGGUUAAUAGUAUUCAACAAUAAAUGAUAUCAGAAUUAAAUGGUCUGAAUGUGCUAUUAAAACAUAAGACAAACCUUAUUAAAAAUAAAGAAAGUUUCAUCACUGAUAUUUCUUUAAUUAAUGAGUAUUUUUAACACAUUAAAUAAAAUUGUACUUAGCAAAUAGAUAUAUCAUGCUAAAUUUUGUUAGAUGUAGAGAAAAAAUUGCUCAAUUAAUUGAAGAAAAAAAGUAUAUUUUUACAGAAGGAAUGGAACGAUUUAAAUCAUGAAGAAGUUGAUUAGGCAAUAAACUGUUUAAGUCAAUUCUAAAAUGAUAAUAGUUAUAGAAAAGAUUUUGUUCUUUUGUUUGAAGAACAUGAGAAUUAUGAUUGAACUUAAUUAUGUUUUAAAUUAUCAAUUUAAUCAAGUUUUGACAAAAUAAAAGAUAAAAUUUCCAUAAGAUAAUCAAAAAUAUCUAAACUAAUUCGAACUUGCUCUCUAGGAAAUUCUGUUCCAGAUUCAAAAUCCUUUUGGAAAUAUUAAUUGAUGUAAGAUGUUGCUUUCACAAAAUAAGAUUAAAAAUGCCAUGCUAUAACUUUUGAUAAAGAUAGAAGAUUGAUGAUGGUUGGAUGUAUGGAAAAAAUAAAAGUUUUUUCGUUUACAUUAGGAAAUAUUCUAUAACUAUAAAUUCUUGAAAAACAUUCUGAGCCUAUAUGGUGUUUAGAGUUUUUAAAAUAAUCAAAUUUGUUACUAUCUGGUAGUUAUGAUAGGUUGAUAUGUUAAUGGGGAUUAAAUGCAAAAAAUUAAUGGCAACUUAAGUAAACUUUAACUGGUCACACAGGAUUUAUAAGUUGCUUAAUUACUAAUUAAGAAGAGAAUCUUAUAAUCUCCUCUAUUGGUGAUAAAACUAUCAGAUUUUGGAAGAAAAAAAUAUAAUGGGAAUUGUCUCAAACAAUAGCUGAUCAUACAGGAUAAGUACAUAGUUUGAGUUUGAAUUAAUCUGAAAAGAUUCUAUUAUCUUGUUGUAAAGACUAUGCAAUUUUGGUUUCAAAAAUAGAUUAUCGAAAUAAUUUAUGGAGCGUCGUUUAAAUAAUUAAACCAGAAAAAUAUGGAUUGGGAUUAUGUUUUCUCUCUGAUAUUUAAUUUUCUUUUUAACCAGUUGACAAGGAUAAAAUGAUUAUUUACUAAUUUAAUUCUGUAAGUGAAAAAUUUGAACAAAUAACCGAUUGGACCUGGUGAUGUGAAAGAUGUACUUUUUUAACCAAGAUUUAUAAAAUCUAAAUAAUUGCUAGCUUAAAAGAAUGGAAACUUUCUUAACAUUUUUAGAAAUUUGGAAAAUAAUGAAUUAAGAUUAGAGUAAAGUAUUGACUUUAAAACUUAUUAAUUUUGGGGAACAUUGACACCAGAUGGUGAAUAUCUUGUUACAUG